CCACACGCCAAAUGAGCUAAAAGGUUCACGUCGAGGCAACUAAACACUUCACAAUGCGCUCCGCCAUAAAGUUGAGGGCCGAUAGCAAGAAAUGGUACAACGCCCGUACAAAACGCCGGUAUGUUGCCUUUCGUUGACGCACAAAGUCACCUCUUGCUCUGAAACCUCGUGCAUACAUAUAAGCGCCUCGCAAAAAGAGAAAAGGAGCCGAAGGCGUGCCCGUUUGCGACCAGCGCGCUGUCACGGUAAGCAUGCAUCAAUGGAAGAGUCCGACUGCCAAUUCCGAAAAGACAUUGAUUGGCUUCUGCGCAAACCCGGUGUUGGGGCCUCGGCGGCAUGGUACAUCGUGGCGAUUGAGCCCGUAGACUUUCCCGAGAUGUGGAAUAUUACCGCCUCAAAUGGGGUCGAUGUUUGUGCUCCCGGCCCGCUUGCUGCCCGGGGGUUUACUCAUCGACGUUAUGGCUCGGACGGGUACUCGCAUGUAGCAACGGCCACGUCGGGCCUGUUUUCGGCAGCGCUGUGUUUGUAUAUCUGGAUCAGGCUCUGUUGGGAGAUGAUGCAUUUGCGAGACGAAGAAGCAACCAUGACCUUUCAAUAAAUUCCCUCUCCCCCUCCUCUGUCGACUUUGUUG